AUGAUUCCAAUCCCAGUAUCAGAGGACAACUCCUUCCAGUCCUUAAUUGCGGAGGCAAACGACGAUUCGGCGAAACUACAAUCUCGAUACGAGAACCACCGAGUGGCUCGCAAUAGCCAGCAAAGCGCGAAGAUCCUAGCCGACAGCUUUCCUGGCUGGUCCCUUGACGAGAUUCUGAAGCGACUUGAUGGCCCUGAAAAGGAAGAUGGGUUUGUCGAUCCUCGAAAUUGUCUUGUCAUUUGGGCCAGACCCUCGCCUCAAGUUCGCGACCUCAUCUGCUUUAUUCAAAAUGAGUUAAAGAGCAUUUCUCCUUCGCUCUGGCUAAUGCCGCCUGAAAACCUUCACAUUACUGUCUUGGAAGCUGCUCAUUCCCUGACAGAACAACAAAUCGAGGAACUUGUCCAGAUCCUCCUGUCAUCAAAGGAUGUCACCACGGCAGAUAUUGCAGGAUACCCACGCAGUCACCCUACACGUCUUAUCAAGCCAAUGGUAAGCUUUGAUUCCGCCGCACUAGCGCUCAGCUUUGUUCCGGCUGCUGGUGAGUGCCUAGAAGCGCAAUCCAGUAGCGAUAAUGAGCACUACACAUACCACCAUCUUCGCCGAGAUAUCUUUGAUAUGGUGCGACAAACCAAGGUCCCUGUUGCUUCGCGUUACAUUGUUCCCUCGGCACAUCUCACCAUUGCAAGGUUCAUAUCCCAGGACGGGUUUCUGGUCAGCGAAUCAGAUGGCGCAGAGAAGAUCGAUCCUUCGCGUGUUCAACUGUUGAUUGAUAAAAUUGGGGAAAUUAAUCAGAAGUUGGAAGAUGAGUACUGGCCCAAAGAGGGUGCCAUCGGGAAGGGGGGGGAAUGGAUUGUUGGGCAAGAGGGCCUAGUCAUUCGGAGAGGCCGUCUCUGGUAUGGAGGCGGCGAGUAUGUGCCGCUUGACUAG